CUAAAUAGUGCAGCUGUAAACAAUAUCAGAUUACAUCGCAUUUGACAGUUCAAUAGCUUUACCAGAACAGAACUUUUCCAUGCCAGGAUGAAAACAGGCUCGAAAAUUGGUGUAUAAAAGAAGAAUGUCUUAAAGUAUAUUCCAGUCCUGAAGUCAUGAAAUACUCUAUAGUUUUGAUUACAUUGGGCACAAUUUCUGUUGCAUGUGGCUCUGUUAUACAAGAAAUAGAAGAAAUACUUGCUGAACCGAAUGAGGAAUACUAUGACAUACAUAGAGUGAAAUGUCUUGAACUAAAAGAGGAAUGCACAAACAGCAAAGAUGCCUGCUGUCAAAAUGGUUUUUCUGAUAUUAUAUGCAAAUGCUAUGCAUUGACAAAAGACUCAGACAAGCGUAAGAAUGUCAAAGAACAAGAGCUUCAAAAAUGUUGGUGCGAAAGGACCGGGACACUUCUACAAAAAACUGGAGAUUGGAUAUCGGACAUUUAUAAAUAUGUCGUACGUUGAAAUGACAAUAUCUUAUAAAACAGGAAAAGGAAGAUCAUUAAUAACUGCAGAAUUCUGAUGGGAUUCAAGUGUAAAUAUUUUUAAAUGUUAUUGUUGAUUGAUGAAAAUAAAUCAAAAGAAAGAAUGCGUGCUGAUACCAAAGAGAA